AUGGGCGGUGCACGCGCUUCGGCCGCUGCUGCAGGCCUUGCGGGUGGUUCGGAACCUGCUGGCAGGCUCGGCGGCCAAUCAGGACGCGUUCCUGAGCUUCUUGGAAACUUCUGCGGCGGUGGUAGGCAGCAGCAGCAGGCAGUGUGGGACAGGUGCUUUCCAGGAACCUUCUCCCGGAUUGCAGCAGCAGGGGGGGCGGCAGGGCGGGCGGCGGGGGUGCGGUCGGCACUGUGCAUGGUACUGUUCACGUGUGUGCGGACCAAUCAGAAAGCAGCGCCGGAUUUGGGAGGAUCAGCAGAAGGGGUUGAUUUGGUGGGCAGGGUUUUGCGAGGGGAGAUGGGGAAGUGGAGGAUGAGCGGGGAAAGAGGGGAUGGAGAUGGGGGAAGGGAAGAGGAGGUAGAAGAAGAGGGGUUGGGAGAGUGGGAGGAGAGGGAGGAGGGAUGGGGAUGGCUCCCUCCCAACCCACAUGAUCAUGACUCCCCCGCCUCCUCUAUAGACCCCUGGCUCAGCCUCCUCCUGGAGCGCCUGUGCCUUCGUGGAAGCUUCUUCAAGCCGCUUUUCACUGGUCUGGGCAGGGAGGGGGAAACGGAGAGAGAGGGGGAAGAGGGGGAGCAAGAGAAAGGCGGUGGGGAUGGGAAGAGAGAGGAGCGUUCGUCCCUGACGCAGCUUGAUGGGGGGCGGUGCAGGUGGGAGCAAGCGGGGCUGCUGUGGGGGGUGUGGGGGGCACUGGCAGCAGUGGCAGAAGCACAGGGCGUUUCAGCUGGGGUUGGGGGAGGGGCGAAAGGGGAGAGUGAGGAGAGCGAGGAGAGCAACCCCGAGAACGCUGCUGACGUGACGGCACUGGAGGUGAGAGGCGGGGCGCGGACAGAGGGGUUGAGAGAGAUGGGGUUGGCUGUGGAGGUGGAUGAGAGGAGUGGGCGACCGAAGCUGAGGAAUAUUGGUGUGGAUGGAAAGUGA